AUGCCGCUUCCUUCUAAACAAAAAAGAAAAUCAAAAGAACAACCACGUACAGUAGGCGGUAAGUAUAAUACUAAAAUAACAUGUAAAGAUGGCUGGGACUCUUUGAUACUUGAAGUAUCUUACAAUGAUAAUAAUUUUUUCGAUGAUGGUUCAUGCUAUUUUAAUAAUGACACUGAUUCUUUUGAUGAUAAUGGUGGCGAUUCUUCAAGUUUUGUUGAUGAUAUACCAGCUGAUGAUAUUAAUUUUGAAUUCUUUGAUGAUGAAGCGUGGGGUGAUGAUGAUGAUAGUGGAUGGGACGAACCAGAGGAAAUGGAAGCUGAAAUCAAACUCCACCAAAGAUUAAAAAUUUCGAUUUAUAGUACCCAAGUUACUAAUCCACAAUUAUCUAGAGCUGAUACACUAGAAGUUUUUUCAAGUGAUUCAGAAAGUGAAGUUGUUAACCCAUAUAUUUACAAAAUAACUGAAAAAAUAAAGAAUCUAAAAAAACAGUUAGAGAAACAACAUAAUCAAUUAACAGUUGCUGAGUAUAAUUAUAAAAGAGCAAUAUUUGAAUAUCUAACCUUGUUAAAUAAUAAUAAUGGACACAGAAAAAUUGAUAUUAGUUUGGAAGUUGCCCAAAAAAUUUUUAUUGAUGAAUCUAGAUGUGGAAAACAUCAAAAAACAAUUAGAAUAAUUGAUGAUGAAGAUGUUGCAGAAAGAUGUCAUAUUUGGAUUCGAAAACAAGAUUUCAAAGCCACACCAGCUUUAUUUAAAAAAUUCAUUGAAACUGAAUUAUUUCCUAGCAUUGGAAUCACUAGAGAAAAAUCCAUUGCUUUAAUGACUGCAGCAAGAUGUAAGUGA